AUGGGGCGGCGGGGGGUGNUGAAGGCCAAGAUCCAGGAUAAGGAAGGCAUUCCUCCUGACCAGCAGAGGCUCAUCUUUGCCGGCAAGCAGCUGGAAGAUGGCCGCACUCUUUCUGAUUACAACAUCCAGAAAGAGUCGACCCUGCACCUGGUCCUCCGUCUGAGGGGUGGUAUGCAGAUCUUCGUGAAGACCCUGACCGGCAAGACCAUCACCCUGGAGGUGGAGCCCAGUGACACCAUCGAGAACGUGAAGGCCAAGAUCCAGGAUAAGGAAGGCAUUCCUCCUGACCAGCAGAGGCUCAUCUUUGCCGGCAAGCAGCUGGAAGAUGGCCGCACUCUUUCUGAUUACAACAUCCAGAAAGAGUCGACCCUGCACCUGGUCCUCCGUCUGAGGGGUGGUAUGCAGAUCUUCGUGAAGACCCUGACCGGCAAGACCAUCACCCUGGAGGUGGAGCCCAGUGACACCAUCGAGAACGUGAAGGCCAAGAUCCAGGAUAAGGAAGGCAUUCCUCCUGACCAGCAGAGGCUCAUCUUUGCCGGCAAGCAGCUGGAAGAUGGCCGCACUCUUUCUGAUUACAACAUCCAGAAAGAGUCGACCCUGCACCUGGUCCUCCGUCUGAGGGGUGGUAUGCAGAUCUUCGUGAAGACCCUGACCGGCAAGACCAUCACCCUGGAGGUGGAGCCCAGUGACACCAUCGAGAACGUGAAGGCCAAGAUCCAGGAUAAGGAAGGCAUUCCUCCUGACCAGCAGAGGCUCAUCUUUGCCGGCAAGCAGCUGGAAGAUGGCCGCACUCUUUCUGAUUACAACAUCCAGAAAGAGUCGACCCUGCACCUGGUCCUCCGUCUGAGGGGUGGUAUGCAGAUCUUCGUGAAGACCCUGACCGGCAAGACCAUCACCCUGGAGGUGGAGCCCAGUGACACCAUCGAGAACGUGAAGGCCAAGAUCCAGGAUAAGGAAGGCAUUCCUCCUGACCAGCAGAGGCUCAUCUUUGCCGGCAAGCAGCUGGAAGAUGGCCGCACUCUUUCUGAUUACAACAUCCAGAAAGAGUCGACCCUGCACCUGGUCCUCCGUCUGAGGGGUGGUAUGCAGAUCUUCGUGAAGACCCUGACCGGCAAGACCAUCACCCUGGAGGUGGAGCCCAGUGACACCAUCGAGAACGUGAAGGCCAAGAUCCAGGAUAAGGAAGGCAUUCCUCCUGACCAGCAGAGGCUCAUCUUUGCCGGCAAGCAGCUGGAAGAUGGCCGCACUCUUUCUGAUUACAACAUCCAGAAAGAGUCGACCCUGCACCUGGUCCUCCGUCUGAGGGGUGGUAUGCAGAUCUUCGUGAAGACCCUGACCGGCAAGACCAUCACCCUGGAGGUGGAGCCCAGUGACACCAUCGAGAACGUGAAGGCCAAGAUCCAGGAUAAGGAAGGCAUUCCUCCUGACCAGCAGAGGCUCAUCUUUGCCGGCAAGCAGCUGGAAGAUGGCCGCACUCUUUCUGAUUACAACAUCCAGAAAGAGUCGACCCUGCACCUGGUCCUCCGUCUGAGGGGUGGUAUGCAGAUCUUCGUGAAGACCCUGACCGGCAAGACCAUCACCCUGGAGGUGGAGCCCAGUGACACCAUCGAGAACGUGAAGGCCAAGAUCCAGGAUAAGGAAGGCAUUCCCCCUGACCAGCAGAGGCUCAUCUUUGCCGGCAAGCAGCUGGAAGAUGGCCGCACUCUUUCUGAUUACAACAUCCAGAAAGAGUCGACCCUGCACCUGGUCCUCCGUCUGAGGGGUGGCUGUUAAUUCUUAAGUCUUCUAUUCAUAAUGCCCAAUGAUGGCAUCGUUCUGCACUCUAGCCAUUUACCCCAGUUUAAGUUGUUUACCGGUUUCAGUAAUAGCUGAACCUGUUCAAAAUGUUAAUAAAAGUUUUCUUGCAUGGUA